UUGGUCGAUAUCGCACUCGGAACGGAGGAGGAGGUCAAAGCGGCAAGCCUCUCCGAUGCCUCCCAACUCUCGAUUACCCACUCCCAAAUCUCCAACCCAGAUAUUGAAGGCGACGUAAACGCAGCGAUUGAGACAGUUUUGGGCGGCGGUCCAAAGGCACUAGUAAUGAAGCGCGGGGUUGAGGGCGCAGAUGUUUAUCUGUCCGGUGGAAAAAUUAUCAACGCCGAUCCAUUUCCCGUCGAGGUGUAUAACACGCUCGGUGCAGGGGAUGCCUUCGCCAGCGGUUUUAUUUACGGCUCCCUGAAAGAUUGGGGCUGGGAACGGUCUGCCCGCUUGGGCAAUGCGACCGGUGCGAUUGUCGUCACCCGGCACGGCUGCGCGAACUUUAUGCCAACGAUGCGUGAAGUUGAGGAUUUUGUUGAGGAGAGAGGUGGCUGCACCUUCGCCCAAGAUUCCCCUCAAUGGCAUCUGCCCAAUGGAGUCAAAGCACGCCUCGGCAAAGGCUCGAUAAGUGAUAUAGCGUAUUCUCCGGACGGAAACCUCUUGGCGGUUGGGGCAUCUAUCGGGGUUUGGAUAUACGAUGUACACAGCGGGGCAGAGCUUGUCCUGCUCACAGGUCAUACAUCGGAGGUCGAAAGUGUAGCGUUCAGUCCAGAUGGCACCACGCUGGCGAGUGGAGGAAGAUGGGGCGACGACACAAUACGGUUGUGGGACGUUGCGACAUGGCAACUCAAAGCCACCCUCACGGGGCAUACGAGCCGUAUUACAGAUAUGGCGUUUAGUCCGGAUAACACCACACUGGCAAGUGCGAGUGGUGACAAGACGGUACGGCUAUGGGAUGCACGGACAGGACAGCACAAAGCUAACCUUACAGGACAUCCGAGGAGCGUCUAUAGUGUAGCAUUUAGCCCGGAUGGACGGACCCUGGCAACCGGUGGAGGUUGGGAAGAUAACACCAUGCGGCUGUGGUAUACGAGCACGGGAGAGAUUAAAGCCACUCUUACUACUGAACAUACGGGCGGGAUCGAAAGUCUAGCAUUCAGUCCGGAUGGCGACACGAUCGCAACUGGGGGAGGUUGGGACGAUACGGUGCGGCUGUGGAAUGUACGGACAGAGGAAUCCAUAGCCACCCUUACGGGACAUACAGGCGGUGCCGAAAAUGUCGCGUUCAGUCCGGAUGGCAACACGCUCGCAAGUGGGGGAGGUUGGGACGACCAUACGGUGCAACUGUGGAAUGUGCAGACAGGGAAGCUAAAAGCAACUCUUACAAGGCAUGCGAACGGUGUGGGAAGUCUAGCGUUCAGUCCGGAUGGCAACACAUUGGCAAGUGCGAGUGCAAGUGAGGUGCAGCUGUGGGAUACUGAGACAUGGCAGUUCAAAACUACCUUCGCGGACCAUACGGGUGGAGGCUCAGGUGUAGUGUUUAGUCCAGAUGGCACUAUACUCGCAAGCGGGAGCGGCAAUGUAGUGCAGCUAUGGGAUACUGCGACAUGGCAAUCCAAAGCCAUCCUCACGGGACAUACGGACUGGAUCACUAGCGUAGCGUUCAGUCCGGAUGGCACUAUACUGGCGAGUGGAAGUGAUGACUACACGGUGCGACUGUGGGAUAUUGCCACCGGGCAGCAAAAAAACGUCCUUAUAGGGAAUACGGACGCUGUCUUCAGUGUGGCGUUCAGUCCGGAUAGCACCAUGCUCGCAACCGGAAGUGAUGAUUGGGGCGGCGCACUGAGACUUUGGGACGUUGCCACUGGGCAACACUAUGCGACCUUUACGAAGCACACGUCAGACAUCGUGAGCCUAGCGUUCAGCCCGGAUGGCAACACGCUCGCUAGUGGGAGUGGGACGGUGGUGCGGCUGUGGGAUCCGGUCACCGGGCAACUCAAAGCCAUCCUCACGGGAAAUACGGACAGUUUGAGAACUAUAGCGUUCAGCCCAGAUGGCAACACGCUCGCUAGUGGGAGUGGGACGGUGGUACGGCUGUGGGAUCCGGUCACCGGGCAACUCAAAGCCAACCUAACUCCCCAUAGGUCGAGUGUCUUCGGUGUAGCGUUCAGUCCAGAUGGCAACACGCUGGCAACCGGAAGGUCGGACAAAAUGGUGCGGCUGUGGGAUGUCGCCACGGCGCAACUUCAAGCCACCCUGAUAGGGCAUACGAGCAGUGUCCAUAGUGUAGCGUUUAGUCCAGAUAGCACCACGCUCGCUAGUAGUAGUUGGGAUGGCACUGUGCUCGUGUGGGAGCUUACUCCCGCAACGAAACCCGGAGAUGUCAACCGCGAUGGUGUGGUGAGCAUUCUGGAUCUGAUGUUCGUUGGAUCAAACUUGGGACGGAUGGGACAGCAUGAUGCCGAUGUCAAUAGAGAUGGCGUUGUCGAUAUUCUGGAUCUCGUCAAGGUUGCUGCCAUCUUUAGUGAAACGAUGAUUCCCACCGCCCCAACCGCACUCCUUUCCUCCGAAAAUGGGGAGAGAGGUAGUUCAUCGAACCUCAACCGAGAUAUAGUUCAGGCAUGGGUUGAUAUGGCUCACGCAGCAGAUGACGGUUCGCUCAUCUAUCAGCACGGCAUUAGCAUCCUCGAACAACUCCUAGCGGUGUUGACACCACAAGAGACUACCUUGUUGCCUAACUAUCCCAACCCAUUCAAUCCGGAGACAUGGAUACCGUAUCACCUCGCCGAAGAGGCCGAUGUAAUCCUCACGAUUUAUGAUACAAAAGGCGCGGUGGUACGUCAGUUCGAUCUGGGGUAUCAGGCUGUAGGGACUUACACAAAUAAAGUAAAGGCAGCGUAUUGGGAUGGCAGACUAGAGACAGGGGAACCGGCGGCAAGCGGGGUUUACUUCUACAACCUGUCCGCAGGGAAUUAUUCGGCAACGCGGAAGAUGCUUAUUUUGAAGUAA